AUGUUUAAUAUGGCGCAUCACAUGAAACACAAGAAGAUAUCACUCGAGACCACAGAUGACAGCGAAGAAGAGGACAUUCAACAGCCACAAAUCUAUGCCAAAGACUCUUUGGAUCGAUUCGGUGAUGACAUGUGCGGACUGUUGUUAUCAUAUCUCUCACUCGAAGACCGAUUUCGAUUCGAAUGUAUGUCCAAACAGUUCCAGAGGACAGUCUUCGGGAGUGUUGUGGACAUCACUCUUAGCGAUCGAUUUAUGCAUAAAUUACUGACAAAUAAGAAGACAAUCGGCGCACAAAUGUUGGCCACAAUUGCCAUCAAGUGUUCAAACAUUCAAACCAUUGACUGCAGAGGAAUAACCAAUGGAUAUGUGAAACACAUUCCGGAAGUGUUGCACACAUUUCGUGACAAUUGCCGGCAUUUAAGUCAAAUUUAUUGCCAUUUUUGGGGACAUAGCGUACAAACAAUGCGGUCAUUCGGACCACUGGUCACCCGAAUCGGUGACAUCGACUCUUAUAAUAUCCCUCUUUCUCUCAUUUAUUGCGACCGAUUGUCUCGAUUACGGGUCAAAUCAUUUGACGACAUUUUCUGCUCACAAACGGAUGAGCUCUUCGCUAGUAAUUUGCAUACAUUUGAAGUAAAAUACUAUUUGGACCGCUAUUUGCACCGAUUGUUUGAAUUUGUGGCACACAAUCAGUGCCUCAAGAGUUUUGUGGUCAGGAAUACAAUUCUCAACACUCAGGAGUUCGUCGGAUUGUGCGGACAUUUGUCACAAUUACCGCAAUUACGGGAUUUGACACUCAAUAUAAGGCUAACCGAUGGCCAGAACUCAUUGAACGACUCUUUGCGCACAAUUAGUCUAAACUGCAAACAAUUGAAACGAUUGUCACUCACUGUGUACUCAAAACCUACCGAAACAAUAGUACAGACAUUGGAUUUGUUAAAAUUUUACCCGCAAUUAAAACGAUUGCAUUUAAGACUCGUCGGUGCCGUCGCUAACGUUUUAUUGGAUCCGUUGAAACACUGCAAGAGAUUAACGCAUUUAGAGCUGGAUUUGCCGCGAAUUGACAUAAAUUUGUUUCAAAAUGUGGAUAAAAAUUAUUUAAGACUUCAUUAUUUAUGCAUCAAAACCGCUGUCAUUACUCGCAAGUGUUUGCAUAACGUCUCUAGACUACCGGCGUUGCAAAUACUUGUCAUUAAAUUCAAUGUUAGCAUUUGUCUGUCGAGUAAUAGUUUCAGUGAUCUGUUGACCACAUGUCCUAAACUCAAGACUAUUGAAACCCAAUUAAACAAUGUUUCGAAUCUAUAUUUGAGACAUAUGGCGCAUCACAUGAAACACAAGAAGAUAUCACUCGUGACCACAGAUGACAGCGAAGAGGAGGACAGACAACUGACACAAAUCUAUGCCAAAGACUCUUUGGAUCGAUUCGGUGAUGACAUGUUUGGACUGUUGUUAUCCUAUCUCUUACUUGAAGACCGAUUUCGAUGCGAAUGUGUGUCCAAACAGUUCCGGAGGAUUAUCUUUGGGAGUGUUGAGGACAUCAUUCUUAGCGAUGGAUUUAUUCAUAGAUUACUGACAAAUAAGAAGAGAAUUGACACCAAAAUGUUGGCCACAAUUGCCAUCAAGUGUCCAAACAUUGAAUGCAUUGACUGCAGAGGAAUAACCAUUGGAUACGAGUGUCACAUUCCCGAAGUGUUGAACACAUUUCAAGACAAUUGCUGGCAUUUGCGGGAUAUUUACUGCAAUUUAUGGCGAUAUAGCGGAUUAACAAUGGGUUCAUUGGGACCACUGGUCACCCGAAUCGGUGACGUCGGGUCUUAUGACUAUCCUUUACCUCUCAUUCGUUGCCACCGUUUGUCUCAUUUAUGUGUCAAAUCAUUUGACGACAUUUUUCGUUCACAUCCGGAUCAGCUCUUCGUUAAGAAUUUGCAUAAACUCGAAGUCAAACACUAUUCACACAAAUAUUUAAACAACUAUUUACACGACUAUUUGCACCGAUUGUCUACAUUUGUGGCACACAAUCAGUGUCUCAAUAGUCUUAUCAUCAGGAAUACAGAGCUCAACACUCAGGAGUUCGUCGAAUUGUGCGGACAAUUGUCACGAUUACCGCUAUUACGGGAUUUGACACUCAAUAUAAGGCUAACCGAUGGCCAGAACUCAUUGGACUCGUCUUUGCGUACAAUUGCCGUGAAUUGCAAACAAUUGAAGCGAUUGUCACUCACUUUGUACACAAAACCUACGGAAACAAUAGUGCAAACAUUGGGUUCGUUAAGACUUUACCCGCAAUUAAAACGAUUGCAUUUAACACUCAUCGGUGCCGUCGCUAACGUUUUGUUGGAUCCGUUGAAACACUGCAAGAGAUUAACGCAUUUAGAGCUGGAUUUGCCGCGAAUUGACAUCAAUUUGUUUGAAAAUUUGGAUAAAAAUUAUCUAAGACUUCAUUAUCUGUGGAUCAGAACCACUGUUAUUACUCGCGAGUGUUUGGCACACAUCUCAAGAUUACCGGCGCUGCAAACACUUGUCAUUCACUUCAAUAGAAGCGAACGCCUGUCCGGUAAUGGUUUCGGUGAUCUGUUGACCACAUGUCCUAAACUCAAGACUAUUGAAACCCAUUUAAACAAUGUCUCGAAUCUAUAUUUGAGACAUAUGGCGCAUCACAUGAAACACAAGAAGAUAUCACUCGAGGCCACAGAUGACGGCGAAGAGGAGGACAGACAACAGCCACAAAUCUAUGGCAAAGACUCUUUGGAUCGAUUCGGUGAUGACAUGUUUGGACUGUUGUUAUCCUAUCUCUCAUCCGAAGACCGAUUUCGAUGCGAAUGUGUAUCAAAACAGUUCCAGAGGACAGUCUUCGGGAGUAUUGUCGACAUCAGACUUAGCGAUGGAUUUAUUAAGAGAUUAUUGACAAAUGAGAAGACAAUUGACGCACAAAUGUUGGCCACAAUUGCCAUCAAGUGUUCAAAUAUUCAAUGCAUUGACUUAAGAGGAAUGACCAGAAAAUAUGAGAAACGCAUUCCCGAAGUGUUGAACACAUUUCGAGACAAUUGCCGGCAUUUAAAGGAAUUUUAUCGGAAUUAUUGGAGAAUUAGCGGACAAACAGUGCUGUCAUUGCGACCACUGGUCACCCGAAUCGAUGGCAUCGACUCAUAUUGUUGGCAGCGAUCGUUUGAAUUGUGUGUCAAUUCAUUUGACUACAUCUUCUGGUCAAUUCCGGAACAGCUCAACCUUUCAGCAAAGAAUUUGCAUACAUUUGAAGUCAAAUACUAUUUACACAACUAUUUGCACCGAUUGUCUGAAUUUGUGGCACACAAUCAGUGCCUCAAGAGUUUUGUGGUCAGGAAUACAAUACUCAACACUCAAGUGUUCGGCGAAUUGUGCGGACAAUUGUCACGAUUACCGCAAUUACGGGAUUUGACACUCAAUAUAAGACUAACCGAUGGCCAGAACUCAUUGAACGACUCUUUGCUGACAAUUAGUGUUAAUUGCAAACAAUUAAAACGAUUGUCACUCACUGUAUACUCAAAUGCCACAGCAAUAGCGCAGACAUUGGAUUCGUUUGGAUUUUACCCGCAAUUAAAACGAUUCCAUUUAACACUCAUCGGUGCCGUCGCUAAUGGUUUGUUGGAUCCGUUGAAACACUGCAAGAGAUUAACACAUUUAGUGCUGGAUUUGCCGCGAAUUGACAUAAAUUUGUUUCAAAAUGUGGAUAAAAAUUAUUUAAGUCUUCAUUAUCUAUGCUUCAAAACCACUGUUAUUACCAGCGAUUGUUUGUCACACAUCUCAAGACUACCGGCGCUGCAAACGCUUGUCAUUUACUUCAGUAGAAGCGAACGCCUGUCUGAUAUGGCGCAUCACAUGAAACACAAGAAGAUAUCACUCGUGACCACAGAUGACGGCGAAGAGGAGGACAUUCAACAGACACAAAUCUAUGCCAAAGACUCUUUGGAUCGAUUCGGUGAUGACAUGUUUGGACUCUUGUUAUCUCAUCUCUCAUUUGAAGACCGAUUUCGAUUCGAAUGUGUGUCCAAACAGAUCCAGAGGACUGUCUUCGAGAGUGUUGUGGACAUCAUUCUUAGCGAUCGAUUCAUUCAGAGAUUAUUGACAAAUGAGAAGACAAUUGACUCACAAAUGUUGGCCACAUUUGCCAUCAAGUGUUCAAAUAUUCAAUGCAUUGACUGCAGAGGAAUAACCACUGGAUAUGAGGGACACAUUCCCGAAGUGUUGAACACAUUUCGAAAUAAAUGCCGACAUUUGCGGGAAAUUUACUGCAAUUUAUGGGAAAAUAAUUCGCAAACAAUGCGUUCAUUCGGACCAUUGAUCACAAGAAUUGGUGACAUCGACUCCUAUUACAAUCAAUUAGCACUCAGUUAUUGCCACCGAUUGUCUCGAUUACGGAUCCAAUUAUUUAACGACAUCUUAACCGCAAACGAUCAGCUCUUCGCUGAGGAUUUGGAUCCAUUUGAAUUCAAUGAGGAUUUCCAUGAAUUUGAAUUCAAUUUCUAUUUACAUCCCUAUUUGCACCGAUUGUCUACAUUUGUGGCACACAAUCAGUCUCUUAAGAGUCUGAUCGUCGGGAAUACAAUACUCAACACUCAGGAGUUCGGCGAACUGUGCGGACAAUUGUCACGAUUACCGCUAUUACGAGAAUUGAUAGUCAAUAUAAAGCUAACCGAUGGCCAGAUCUCAUUGAACGACUCUCUGCUUACAAUUGCUGGGAAUUGCAAACAAUUGAAACGAUUGUCACUCACUGUGUAUUCAAAUCCUACCGAAACAAUAACACAAACAUUGGAUUCGUUGGGACUCUACUCGCAAUUAAAACGAUUGCAUUUAACAUUCAUCGGUGCCGUCGCUAAUGGUUGGUUGGAUUCGUUGAAAGACUGCAAGAGAUUAACGCAUUUAGAGCUGAAUUUUCCGCGAAUUGACUUAAAUUUGUUUCAAAAUAUGGAUCAAAAUUAUUUAAGACUUCAUUAUCUAAGCAUCAAAACCUCUAUUAUUACUCGCGAGUGUUUGGCACAGAUCUCAAGACUACCGGCGCUGCAAACACUGGUCAUUGAAUUCAAUAGAACCAAUCGUCUCUCGGGUAAUGGUUUCAGUGAUCUGUUGACCACAUGUCCUAAACUCAAGACAAUUGAAACCCGUGUUAACACUAUUCAGAAGUUUUAUUCAUAA